CUUCUCCCAUCCUCUUUCAAACCCAAAAACGGAAAGAAAAUCCAAAAGGGAAAAAAAGAAUGUCUACUGCAACAUUAGCUAUUCUCUUGUUUAUUCUUCCUUGUCUUUUGCCGUUAAUUUACAUUCUUUCCACUAUUCUACGGUGUCCAAAGCCAAGAAAACACCAUAGGAAUGACCUUAAACCGUUACCCCCAGGUCCUCGUCCUCUACCUAUCAUCGGUAACCUUCACUUACUAGGCCUACUCCCACAUCAAAGCCUUUAUCAUUUAGCCAAAGAACAUGGUCAAAUCAUGUUCUUGAAAUUAGGCUUCGUUGACACUGUUGUAGUAUCAUCAGCUCAAGCUGCAGAGCUAUUCUUGAAAACACAUGAUGCUGCUUUUGCUAACCGACCAAAAGUGUUGGUUUCUCAUUACUUAUCAUAUGGUUCUAGAGGCAUGAUUUUUGAUGAUUAUGGUCCUUAUUGGAGAAAUGUAAGAAAAGUUUGUACGCUGCAGCUUCUUAGUUCAUCAAAAAUUGAGUCUUUUGCACCUCUGAGAAAAGAAGAGCUUGAAUUGAUGGUAGCCACCAUAAAGCAAGCAGCUGAGAGGAAAGAAAUGGUUGAUGUUAGUGCUAGACUUGGUGACUUCAGCGAGAACUUGAUUUGCAGGAUGAUAUUUGGGCAACGUAGCAAUGAUGAGUUCGAUUUAAGGCCACUUAUCAAGGAGUCUUUGGAGCUGAUUGGAGCUAUUAAUAUUGCAGAUUACGUUCCUUACAUUGGUGUACUUGAUCUUCAGGGAUUGACACGACGAAUGAGGGCAUAUAGAAAAGGCAUGGACAAAGUGUUAGAAAAGAUUAUUGACAGUCAUGAAAAAGAUGGUCGUUGGAAAACAAAGGAGCAGAAGGAUUUCAUAGAUGUGAUGCUUUCAGUUAUGAACAGAUCAUCACCUAUGAUACCUCCCAACGAUCCUCAAUCAUACGUGAUUGAUCGAACAUGUAUCAAGGCUAUCAUACAGGACAUAAUCGUAGGUGGAUUUGAGACAUCCACUUCUUCAAUUGAAUGGACAUUUUCAGAACUCUUAAGGCAUCCGAGAGUUAUGAAAUGUCUACAGAAGGAGUUGGAGACUGUUGUUGGGUUGGAUAGAAUGGUAGAAGAGAGAGAUUUGCCUAAUCUAACUUACUUAGAUAUGAUAGUUAAAGAAAGUUUAAGGCUAUAUCCAACAUUACCCUUGAUUCCAAGGAAGUGUGUGGAGGAUAUCACUGUGAAUGGCUAUCAUAUACCAAGUAAUUCAAGAAUUCUUGUGAAUGCAUGGGCGAUCGGACGGGAUACUAAUGUAUGGUCAGAUAAUGCAUUAGAGUUUUACCCAGAAAGAUUCAAGGAUGAAUGUGUAGAUCUUCGCGGCCUCCAUUUCCAGCUGAUUCCAUUUGGUUCAGGCCGCAGAAGCUGCCCAGGAAUGAGCUUGGGAUUAAGGAACAUACGACUUGUCAUUGCUCAGCUAGCACAUUGCUUUAACUGGGACCUCCCUUCUGGUGACUUGGACAUGACUGAGAAGUAUGGCCUCACAUUGCCUAGAGCUAAUCAUUUUUCUGCACUGCCCACUUAUAGAUUACAUGUUUAAUGAUGCUUGUUACAACAUGUACUUCAAAAGCUUAGAAUUUCUAUUAGCCAGUAAAAAUUCUCAUAUUUCAUACUUUUGCUGAAAAUUAAAAGUGAAAAGAAUAUUUAUAUUGUAUAAUUUACCCAUAGAAGAAAAAGAUAAGAGUGGUGCGGAAUUGUAUAUGAUAUUAAAAUAGUUAUAAAUAAUAAAGUUACUUUGCCACAUA